AAACUUGUCUGACUUUUGAAAAAACGAAACUUGUGGAAGUUGAACGCAACUUCUCUUCUCUCCUUUACAGAUCUCCCAACCACCCACAGUCCUCCGCUCACCGCUCGCCGAUCUCCGCCGCCGCCGUCAUCUGAAGAGUCGAGAUUUUCUUUCAUCUAAGAGGUUGGUUUGCUGGAUUUUGAACUCUUUAAAUAAAAUUAGGUUGAGAGAAUUUUAUCUUCGGAAGAAAACUAUGGCGGCUAGCCUGGCACUCCGUCUCAGAACCCAUCUCCUCCGAGCGACCCUAACCACAACCCAUAUAGCCACCACUACCAUCUAUCGCCAACCCAUCUUCCAAUCUCCAUUGAUUCUCUCCCGGCAUUCCCUCAACCGUUCAAUUCCGGAAGAUCUGUCCCUGGGGCUUCGGUUCCUCUCAACAGCCCGACGCAACCCAAAACGGGCUAAAACCGUCGACAUUGGCGCCCGAGCCCGCCAGAUGCAGACUCGGAGGCUCUGGCUCUACGCACUGAGCUUUAGCUGCGUUGCAGGCUUCAUUGUGUUAGUCCUCAACUCAUUCCAAGACAAUUUAGUAUUCUACGUGACCCCAACUGAAGCUCUUGACAAGUUUAUUGUAAACCCUAGCAAGAACAAGUUCCGGCUCGGGGGUUUGGUCCUGGAAGGCAGUGUAGUCCACCCGGCUUCCUCACCGGAGAUUGAGUUCGUUGUCACCGACCUAAUCACUGAUAUUCUGGUCAGGUAUCAGGGAGCUUUGCCCGAUUUAUUCAGGGAGGGGCAUUCGGCGGUGGUAGAAGGGUUUGUUAAGCCUAUCACUGAUGAGAUUAGAAAUGAGGUUUCGGCUAAAAACGUGUCUGAGAAAGCGAGGAGUGGUGACUGUUACUUUAUGGCUACAGAGGUUUUGGCUAAGCAUGAUGAGAAGUAUAUGCCUCAAGAAGUGGCUUCGGCCAUUGAGAAGAAUAAGAAGAAGAUUGAGGCUGAUAAAGCUGCUGGGGUCGAAUCCAAGGAAGCGUAGAUUGAUGGGUAUGUUUCAAAAAUUUUGAAUUUCUUAUUGAUAUAGAAUUUUGAGUAUAUUAUACAUUGGAGGAAAGUAGAAUAGUUUGGUUAAAUUGAUAUUUGAUUAGUGUUUAGGUGAGGAAUGCUCAUUAUUAUUGAGACACAGGGUUUAAUGACAUAAGGGAGAGAAUCAUAAGAUUCCAAUUUUUGGUAUUUGUAUUCAUAUUUUCAUUGGUGAAUUUGUAAAGUAACCUCUUACUUUUCAAUGAAAUAAAGUCAUGAAUUGGGCAUGGCAAAUUAUCAGGAAA